CCACCCUCCCAUUUGAUUGGCUGUCAAUUCUGUCAGUCAUUCUUCCACUCUGGUCCCCGUUGCUCGCCACUUCCGCUUCAGUGUCAAACGCAAAUCUCCCAUGCAAGUUCCUUUUCUGGACUUUUCAAAUCAUUGGCAAAGCCCACGCCGUCAGGUCAAGGUUUUUAUUUAACUGCACAGAGAUAAGACUAGUUUGAUCAAUACUGGAUUUAUCAGGAUUUUUAUUACGAUUUCUAGUUUGCAUCAUCAAAAAGAGAACGUAUACGAUAACAUCGCAUCAGCUAAUGUCUGGCUUUGUUUGCCAAACCGCAGACAUUUGCUUGUGUCACUCUCCUGCUGUAGACCAUCCAUCCUAAACAUUUUGUGGACACUAAGCACAAAUACUGUGCUGUUGCUGUAGUGACAAUCCAGAGGGAACCGUGACUAACAGGUGUCUGUUCAGAAGAAUUGAGGUUGACAUCAGAGGGAACAUGUGUUAGAAGUUGAACAGUCAACAGUCAGAUUUGUCAGUGUUGACUUAAGAAGAUGAACAAUGAGGAUGAGUUCUAUGACGCCGUUACAGGCCUGGAUUCAGAUGAGUCAUAUGAAGGUGUGUCAGAAUCCAGUUACAAAGAUGCACUGGUAUUUGAUAGCACCAGGGACAAUGGAUCAAAGCCACAGGAGAACGGUGUCAAGAAACACAGGACAUCAUUGCCUGCACCCAUGUUUUCCAGAAACACUAUUAGUGUCUGGAGUAUCCUUAAGAAAUGCAUUGGAAUGGAACUCUCCAAAAUUACAAUGCCUGUCGUCUUCAACGAGCCUCUUAGCUUUCUGCAAAGAAUCACAGAAUACAUGGAACACACUUACCUCAUUAACAGAGCCUGCUCGCUGUCUGAAUCCAUAGAACGUAUGCAGGCCGUGGCUGCGUUUGCUGUGUCAGCAGUUGCUUCACAGUGGGAGCGAACUGGAAAACCCUUCAACCCUCUUCUUGGGGAAACUUUUGAACUCAUCAGAGAGGAGCAGGGCUUCCGGCUGAUAGCAGAGCAGGUAUCCCAUCAUCCCCCGGUGAGUGCCUUCCAUGCUGAAAGCCUGGCAGGAGACUUUCUCUUCCAUGGCUCCAUAUACCCCAAACUUAAAUUCUGGGGGAAGAGUGUUGAAGCAGAGCCCAAAGGGACCAUCACUCUCGAGCUGCUUAGGCACAAUGAGGUAUACACAUGGAGUAACCCUCACUGCUGUGUGCACAACGUCAUUAUGGGGAAGCUAUGGAUAGAGCAGUAUGGCACAGUGGAAAUAGUCAACCACAGCACUGGAGACAAGUGUGUGUUGAAUUUCAAACCUUGUGGGAUGUUUGGCAAAGAGCUGCAUAGGGUGGAGGGAUACGUCCAGGAUAAGAGUAAAAAGAAGCUUUGUGUCAUCUAUGGGAAGUGGACUGAGUGCAUGUGGUGUAUUGAUCCUCAGUCCUACGAGGCCUUCAAAAAAGUGGAAAAGAAAGGAGACAUCAAGAAGCACAAACAUGAGGAGCCAAUGGGAUCAGAGAACGAUGACGCCGAUGACAUGCCAGAGGUUCAAGAGACAGUGGUGGUCAUACCAGGAAGUACCCUACUCUGGAGGAUAGAUCCUAGACCGGCUCACUCUGCUCAGAUGUACAACUUCACCAACUUUGCGAUGUCUCUCAAUGAGCUGGAGCCGGGCUUGGAGGCCAUAUUGGCCCCAACGGACUGUCGCUUCAGACCUGACAUCAGAGCCAUGGAGAAUGGCAAAAUGGAAGAAGCCAGUCAGGAGAAGGAGAGGCUAGAAGAGAAACAGCGAGCUGCCAGAAAGCUGAGAGCCAGGCAUGAGGAGGAGUGGUCUACACGGUGGUUCCAAAUGGGCACCAACCCGUCCACCGGCUCCCAGGACUGGAACUACUCCGGUGGCUACUUCAGUCGGAACUACCACGACCUGCCUGAUAUCUACUGAUAAGGCCACUAUAGCCUUCAUGUUGGUCCCCUUUCACCUUUUCCACACGCCUUAUCAUAACUUGGAGGGACACACUUAAAAAGUCAAGCCUUCACCAUUGCACGCAUCUAUUGCAGAUAGGAAAGACUUAACACAGACUCUUGAACAGUUGCCUGCUUCAUCUUGACUCUCUUGCUCUCUUCUCCCCCAUCAAGGAUUUUACAUCAACUUUAGACCUGCAAAUUAUUUUCAUCUUGUGUGUGUCACCAUUUUAACGGCCCAUGACGGAAUAUUUGUGAUGUUAGACAUUAAUGCAACAUUAUAAAUGGGUGUAAGCAACAGGAUGAUGAAUAUGAAGUGUUGGUCAAAUAGUUCUUGCAUACAAUGCCAUCAAGAAAAGACACCUGAUCAAAUGGCUAAGAUGCUGCAAAUUUGCUAAAUACUGUAUGAUUCCAUUCAGGUGUGAGAAAUUGUUAAUACUAUAUAGAUAUGUAGAGACAUUUAAGAUUGUCGUUGUAACAUGACUGAGGAAAACUUCAAGGAAGUGAGGAUAAUGUAACAUGCUGUUCAUUUUCUCUAAAUUUGGAUAUUUUGCAGCAGACCACCAGUACAUGAAGGUUUAAUGUUACAUUCCCUUUGAAUGUUGUGAAAAUUAAAAAAAAAAGAAAUGACUGUCAUACUGACUGGUUGUAAUAAUGCAGAAAUUCCAAGCAUUAGCUAAAGCAAGAACACAUUUGGAUUGCAAUUAUUUUAGUUGACUAUUGCAGAUUCAAAUUCUGUUGGUGGCCAAACUUUUUAUUUGUAGCCCCCUCGCCCUCAUUUUUUUGAUUUUUAAAGCACUUAACCACAUAGACCCUUUAGACUUUACAUAUUAUCUAUGGCUGUUACAUCUGAAGUUGUUUUUUUUUUUUUUUUUUUUUUUUUUUUUGUAACGCCUAAACUCUAAUUUGUGACACGUACAAAAACACUAAAGUCAGUCAGGUGUAGUGUUGAGAUGCUUGCACAAAGAUUGCGUGAAACACACCUAAACGGUACAAAGAUCUCACUCCAUAACACACAUUCCAACAAAUGGGCCGGCAGUGUGAACCAGUUUUGUUAGUUUCUAUUUCUCCAAACAUGUCCUCUGUUGAAUUUUAGCCUCCUCCUUUUGGACUAUCUGUGGUCAUUGUGUACAAGUGUUACACAGGUAAUCACAUGCAAAAUGACACAUUUUGUGCAAUUGAUUUAUUUUUAUAGUAUUUAAAGCAUUUUUUGGUGAGAACAUACCACCAGAUGUUUUAUUUGUAGGUGGAAGAUUGUAUAGGCAUACUGUGGACAGCUGGAUCGCUUCAUGGACAGGGGAAUGUCUACUAAUAAAAUCCUUAACUUCAA